AUGACAACUCUUUAUGAAGUUGUGACUGUCAAGUUAGGGUACAGGAAAUUGUGUGCGAGCUGGGUUCCAAAAAUGUUAACAGAAGAACACAAAAAGAAAAGGAUGGGCUUUGCACUCGACUUCCUCACACGCUAUGCAGAAGCAGGUGAUGAGUUCCUUGAUCACAUUGUGACAGGUGACGAGACGUGGGUUUAUCACCAUACACCUGAAUCCAAGCAACAAUCAAUGAAAUGGCGCCAUUCGAAUUCACCCAAAGCCAAGAAAUUCAAAACUUCGAUUUCAGCGAAAAAAAUCAUGGCUUCUGUUUUUUGGGACAGACAAGGCAUUCUUCUGUUGAAAUUUAUGCCUCCCGGAACGACAAUUAAUGCUGCAGCAUAUUGCCAGACUUUGAAACGUCUUCGAAUGGCAAUUCAAAACAAAUGCAGGGGAAUGCUGACAAAUGGAGUCCGCUUGCUUCAUGACAACGCUCGGCCUCACACAGCUCUCGUAACCAAAGCACUACUCAAACAAUUCAAAUGGCAAGUAUUGGACCAUCCGCCAUACAGCCCGGACCUUGCGCCCAGCGACUUCCAUUUAUUCCUUUACCUGAAGUCACAUCUUGGUCUUCGGCAGGAGGGGAUCGAAGACACGACCUCAUGGCCUAACAUCCUACCUGUCAGGCUUCCCGGAUCCCCAAGAUAG